UUUUUCUCUUCAAAUCGUUGAUUACUUUUUCCAGUUUUUCGAUUCCAGAAUCAAAUCGGAGAAUAUGGGUUCCGACGCCAACAAGAUGAACGACGGUACCAGCUUCCAGCCAUCGGAGCCGGCUCCCUGCGCCAACGGUUGCGGCUUCUUCGGUACCGCCGCCACCAUGAAUCUCUGCUCAAAGUGCUUUCGCGACAUCCGAAUCAAGGAGGAACAAGCCGCAUCAGCUAAAGCCGCCGUCGAUAAGCUCGUCAACAAGGUAGUUUCCUUCCCUCCACAAACUCCCUCCGCUUCCUCCUCAUCUGGAUCUGAACAACUUCCGCCGCCUACCACCGCCACGGCGGUGGACGUAAAACAGAAGAUCCGAAAUCGGUGCUUAACCUGCAACAAAAAGGUCGGUGUGAUUGGAUUCAAGUGUAAGUGUGGUGAGACGUUCUGUGGAAGCCAUAGGUACCCGGAGAACCAUGAUUGCGAAUUCGAUUUCAAGAAGACAGGGAAGGAAGCGAUAGCGAAGGCGAAUCCGGUGGUGAAAGCCGAUAAGGUAGAUCGGAUCUGAUUGUAAGAUUUAGGGUUUGGUGGAUGUGUUAAUGGUGGAAAUUAGGGUUUGUUUUUUAGAUUUGAUUUGGGGGUGUGAAGACGAUGAUGAUGAUGAAUUGAAGGGGGGG